AUAAAGGCCAAAGGUUUAGGAAAAUCGGACACGACACAAUCUCUACAGCACUCGCGAUCAGCAAGCACUAUGGCCACCGCAGCAAUGGCGGGGAGCACCGGCUUUGUCGGCUCCCAUAUUCUGUCCCAGCUCAUCACCCACCCAGCUUUCACAUCUGUUUACGCCUUUGCGCGACGCAACCCCCCAAACCCCAGCGAAUCGUCAAAACUCCACCCAAUCACUUCCACCGACAAUACCACUUGGCCAGCGUCCUACCCGCGCUCCACCGCGCCCAAAAUCUUCUUCUCUGCACUGGGAACCACGCGCGCCAACGCCGGCGGCCUCGAAGAGCAGCGCAAACUCGACGUUGACCUCAAUCUAGCCCUUGCCCAAGCCGCCAAUGACGCUGGCGCAGACACAUACGUGCUCAUCUCGAGCGCCGGCGCGAGCUCGUCCUCGCGAUUCCCCUACAAUGCGAUGAAGGGCGAGCUCGAGGACAAGGUGCAGGCGCUGGGGUUCAAGCAUACCGUCAUCUUACGGCCCGGAUUGAUAAUGGGAAACCGCAAGGAGAGUCGACCGGCGGAGGGGGUUAUUAGGGGGAUUGCGGGCGCGUUGAAGAUGGUGUCGCCAGUGCUGACGAAUUUUUGGGGGCAGGACGCGACGACCAUUGCGAGGAGUGCCAUCGUGGCUGGGGUCAUGUGUUUGGAAGGGAAGAGGGAAGAUGGGGUCUGGAUACUGGCGCAGUCGGAUAUUGUGAAGAUGGGAGCGGAGGAACUGAAGUAA